CAUUUCUGGAAUGUUUCAUGAAAGAAAGAGCCCGAGGCCAGAAGCAGGUGCUGGAGGAGAAUGUCUCGACGUUGUCAUUCUACCGCGUCAUGACCGCGGCUGUUGCCUUGGCUUAUGGCUUCUCAUACUGGAUGCUCUUCAACAACAUUGCCUUGACUGAUUAUGUAAUGGUGGUGCUGUGUGGGACUCUGCUGCUUCUAUCAAAUUUCUUCCUAUCCUCUAUGGCUCAAGUGAAGAGGUCCCCCACUGGGGAAGUGCUUGAUCCUGGCUGUGAUCUCAAUAUCCCGGGUGGCAUAGCAGAGCACGUAAAGGACGCCAUCAUCCUGACGUCGACCACGACCAUCUUAGCUUGCAUUCCUGGUCCAAGAAUGCCAGCCCCGCUGCGCGCAGGCCUGUUGCUUUGGACGAGCGUCAUCGCUCCUUGGAUCUUCUCGGGCAGCGAAAAUGACGGCGGCGACGCACAAGCUCUCGACGAGAGAGCCCUCAAGAAGCAGAAAAAACUCGAAAGGAGACAAAGAAGAGGCUAUUAAAAUUUGCAGCUUCUAGUGCCAUACAAUGACGGCAA